AUGCCACAAUCUGGAUAUACAGGAGCAGCUACUCAAGGCUCGGAAUUAAGCCAACAACCAAUACAUUCAUUGUAUCAUACGGAUACACAACAACACCAACAACAGCAGCAACAGCAACAGCAACAGCAACAGCAACAACAGCCGCAACAGCAGUCGCAAAGAGCCCUGCAGUCAUACUAUGGUGAAGGUUACAGACAAUACCAAAACCCAUUGGAUACUCCAUACAACCAAAAUUUAAGACAAUCUUCACUAAGUUACCAUUCUUAUGAUCAAUCAAGACAACCUUCAACAUACUUGCCACCAGCACCAGGCCACUUGCCAUUGCAAAAUGCAAAUUAUAUACCAAACACAUACCAACAAAUACCUGCACAAAGCCCAUUCCCUGGUUCAGCACAACCACUGUUACAACCACUGUUACAGUCACUGUCUCAUCAGUCACAACAGUCACAACAGCUGGUGCGUCCUCAUCAGCCUCUUCACACAACAUCGGAUUUAUCUCAUUCUGCUCUGCACUACACGGAUCGCAGAUCCCAUGACGAGAGGUUUGACGAACAACAACAUAAUCCAUUAAGCUACCACAAUGAGAGAAGUAUAGUUGCACCGAUUCCCCCUUUGCACAUUCAACAGCAAAACUAUAUCAAAAGCGAAGAAUUGAACCAUUGCCAAGGACAUGCUGGCCACGAACACAGUCACAAUGACCAUACCCAAGCUCACCAUGAUUCUGUGUUGCACGAUUAUUCAUCAACACGUGCUCAAGCUGUACCCAGUUCUGGUCGCUCGCUAAGCAAUUUUGAUCCACAUUCCGAACACCAAAAUAUGGUUCGCUCGACAUGUACUAGAUGCAAAAAGGAUUUCGACCAACCAAUAAUUGUCCCCAAAGCGAAUGACUCACAAGGCAAACCUAAACCAUUGGCUGAGCCAAAAAUUUUUAAAUUAUGCCAUCAUUGUCGUGAUUUACAGAGACAAAGAUCGAGAAGAUGGCAGAAAAAGACCAAGGACAAGCAAGGUGUGUGUAGAAGAUGUGGACUGGAUAUACCAUUUGAAGAGCGCAAGUUUGUCUUAUGUCCUUCGUGCAGACAAAACUUACGGACGAGAAAGGCCAAUAGAGCAGCGCAAGGGAAAUGUGUGCACUGUUCGGGUCCGCUCGACCUGCUGAUAUUGGUUAAAGACGAGGAUGGAAAUUUGAUUACUCCUACUUUACCACCAGAACACGGUACUACAAACAGUAUGCGAACCGCAGAAGGAGAGACCGAUGGCCAACUUGCUGAUAAGAAGAUAUUGAAUUCAAGCAAUGGCAACAGCAAUUACAAAGUGUGUCAAAGGUGUCGCGAAAAUGACAAGAUUAGGCGGUCCAAUUUAGAGAAGAUGGGAAAUUGCAAUCGGUUCGCAAAGGCAUUGGACCCUAGCGAGUAUGGUAGACAUAAAGUGUGUAUAAACUGCCGCAGUAAGAAGAAGAGGUCUUUGUCCCAUCCGUCACCAUACAAUGACAGCUUAACAGCAGGGAAUGGAGCUGCAACAGCCAGCAUUUCAGCUUAUGGCCAAGUUUAUACUCAACAGCACCAGCCUGUUGUAAACUUGCAGAACAGUGUUGUUGGUGGUGGCGGAGUGGCAGCAAGAGAACACUUGUACCCCCUUGGAGUGCAUCCACUGCAGCAGCAGCAGCAGCAGCAGCAGCAGCAACAACCACAGCAGCAGCAGCCUCAAUCACUUCAGCAAGGACAAGGUUAUUAUGCGCAACCGUACUUGCCGUAUCCGCAGUACACAUCGCAACCACUACAGCAGCAUAUGCUGAUAUAUCACAGUAGCGGUGCUGCUGCUACCAAUGGCACAGCUUCUGUUCCUGUGCUGAACUAUACGGGAGUAGUGAACCAGGGACUUUUGCAACAGCCACAUCAGCAACAACAGCAACAACAACAACAACAACAACAGCAGCAACAACAGCAAGUGCGUGGGUAUACUUCUCAGAGUCAGCAACUGCCUAUUCAAAAUGAUCAGCAGGCUACUGAUCAUCAUCAUUGA